CAAUAAGACUUGCACGCUGCUCUGUGCAUUUGAGAACCCCUCCUUUCUGCUCGGCAUCCCGAUGCUGAGGUCCCGGAUGACAACAAUUCAUUGAACUCUCGGAUCCAGUACCACAUGAAAGCUCUUUCGAAAAUUGAUCUCUCUUGUAUGAGUAUGCACUUGCUCAACACACAAUUUCAAGGCAUCCCCACCAAAUGUCUCUUCGACGGUGGCUAUUGCCUCAUCGCCAUCAGUUCCGUUAUGUGCAAGAACUACUGUUGGGCCCUCUCCAAGCCAGUGCCCACCUUUCGUUUGCGGAAGGUUGAUGGCACCUCCCCGUCCAUCGAGGGUGAAGUCCACAACUUGGUCGUCCCUAUUGCCGGUCAUCAGGUUCCCAUGAACGUACUCUCCAUCGACCACAUGGAUGCCGACUGUCUCCUUGGACGCCCCUUUCUUGUGAUGGUCAACGCUUUGACCAAUUGGAAGAACUCCCUAUACUCCAUGCGCAUCCAUUCCACCUGGUUGAUCGUCCAAGGCAGUACUGGGGAUGCCCGCAAAGCCCGCCAUCUUACCACUGACGAAGAUAGCGAAUGGGAAACCCACGGACGCGCCCCUAUCGUCAAUGAUCCACCGCCUGCUCCCCGCACCCACUUGCAAACCCGAGACACUAACAUCGCAUCUUCAGUAGCGGAUGGCAUGCAUGUUGAAAUCGAUCACAAUGACGACCAAACCCUCGCCGACAUCCGUAGUGGUGCCAUGUUUGGCUUCCUCAAAUGUAAAUUCACUCCGCCGCUGGAUGCGCCGCGUCUGGAUGCCUAUCUCGACGCUCGCAUGUGGCUUCUGCAGGAUUGUGCCCAUGCUGGUCUGCCUUCUGGUCGCUUUGCAAAACAAAACAGGGUGUAAAAGGGUGUUGGAAAAAACGUUCAUCAAACGCUUCUUGCGGGUAGAGAGGUCACCACCACAAGUGAAUCGGACCUCUCUUGGCUGACAGGUCUACCGGACAUUGGCGGAUGGGCCUUGAUCGUUCAGUUUGGACGUCACUGCAUUAUCCUACCACAACGGUGGUAUGGGCUCUGCGCUCGAGAUGAAGCCCUUGCAUCAAGGCCGCUCUUCACCAGGAAC